AAGGGAAGAAAACAAAUUUUUCUCAUAAAUUUUCAUCAACUGCCGCAGUAGCCUUCGAUUCUGUAAUUCUGUAGUUUCUCUAGCAUAGCAAUUCUGUUUUCUGUCCAAUUUUCUUCAAACCCAAGUGAUGGAGAAUAUUGAAAAAGUUUGGUUGGGCCCCUUGCCACCAGACUCGCCAUACGUCAAGCCAUUCCGUUUCUACUUUGUCCAAAACGGCGUUGAAAAGAACUGGGACCUACUCAAAGUACACGAUAGUGUAGCCAUAAUUAUCUUCAACACAAUACGAAAUGCCUUGGUUUUCGUUAAACAAUUCCGGCCAGCGGUCUACCAUGGUGUCGUAACCGCCGAUGGCAGGGAGUUCGGUGAAGUCGAUUUAAAGAAGUUUCCACCCAAACUAGGAGUCACUAUGGAAUUGUGUGCAGGAAUUGUGGAUAAGGACAAGAGUUGGAUCGAAAUUGCCCGCGAAGAGGUGCUAGAAGAGUGCGGCUAUGAUGUUCCGGUGGAGAGAAUCGAGGAAGUGCUCACUUUUAGAUCUGGAGUAGGAGCAUCUGGGGCUCAGCAAAAAAUGUACUACUGCGAAGUAACCGACGCGGAUAAGGUCUCCAGCGGUGGUGGUGUGGAUGGUGAGCUGAUCGAAGUUGUGGAGUACAACUUGGAGGACGCUCGCAAGCUUGUCACCCAGGGUGCUGUUAACAACAGCCCACCGGGUUUCCUCUUCGGCGUUCUGUGGUUCCUCACCAACAAAGCUCCCAAGGCGUAGAGAUGCUAUUUUAUUCUUAAAUCGUAUUGGAGGAUGCGCUCAUCUCCGAAUAUUCCUGAUAAACCAAAUGAGACAGCCAGAUAAUCCAUUCGUUAGAUAACAACAACGUGAUUGUAUUUUAUGAUUAAAAAUAACAAACAAAUUAUUAGUUUAUAUUAAAAAGCAAAAAAAAACCGAAAACAAAAUAAAACAUUGUUGAGAGA